UACUAUGCAACAUGACGCUCUGAUGUGUGGCGUUAACUUUUAACCGCAUUAUUGCAUUCACAAGUUAAUAAUUUCAAAACCUGUUUAGCCGCCUUAGACUUGGUGUGAGUUUUAUAGUAACCGAUGCGAGUUCUAUACUAUAUCUAAAGGCUUUUAUCUGUUGACGCUGGGUGUUAGAUAUGGCAGACGGCUGGUGCACUGACACCGGAGAAUCGGUUUACCGUUCCAGGGAUGCAGUUAAAAACUUCCGAAUACGAGUGCGGAUUCAGCGUGUGACCUCCACUGCUGCUCUGUCUGAACACCUCCAUCAGCAAGUGCUUUCUCAGCAGGAGAGAGGAGUUAUAGAGUUGGAAACCUUCAGCUCUCAGACGGCCUCUACGACUGAUGAGGAGGAGCUUGUGGUUGCUUGGCAAGAGAAGUUUUUUAGUCAGUAUGAAGUGGACCUUUACCAGACAGAGUCAAAUUGCCAAACACCACUGGAGCAUCAGUAUCACACAGAUAUAAUGGCAAUGGAAAGAUCCAAAAGAAGGCAAAACCAGCGCAUUUUUACCUACACAGAUUUUGAUCGCUUUUCCAAAUGGGAAGAGCAAGCUCAGAGUCUGGUCAUUCCAGCUCAGCCCACACCUACUUUCCUAGCAGAACGCAUGGCCAAUGUAAGACACAGGAGACAAGAGAGGCGUCCCACAGAGACGAAUGUUCCCAAGUCCCGUUUAAUCACAUGGGAGCCUUCUGAGGAAUUUGUGAAGAACAGUCACAUCAUCAACACACCAGUGCAGACCAUGUACAUCAUGGCUGAUCUUGGACCUUCAGGAAAGUUGGGCCUAAAAGAGAAUGAAUAUGUUUUAUGCACAAUAAAAGCAGACGGCAAUGGAGUAAUCUCAAUAAAACCAGACUUUAACAACAACAGAGGAGCCUACAGGCUGGAAACAGAGGGGGAGAAGAGGGAAGUGUGGAGGUUGUAUCUGGAGAACGCCUCAUCAGACAUUCAUGCAGAAGAGAAAGACAGAGAGCAGCACAUGUACAGAGAUCUGUACACACGUCACAAAGAUUACCUUAACAGCCUAGUUGGCCAAGACUUCGAAAUGCCACCUCCAGGGAUACUUCGUCUGAUUGUAAAUGGAGAGAUUGUUUCAGCUCAGGGUUAUGAGUAUGACAAUCUGUAUGUCCACUUCUUCAUGGAUUUACCAAACAAUUGGUCCAGUGUUUCCUCUCAUUGUCUAUCUGGUGUGACUCAGACAUGUCGCACACGCAGCAUAGGAAAGGAAGAUGUUGCUUUCUUCUCCUAUCCAUUCAGCUUUGAGACCUUCUUCCAUAAAGAGGAUGAAUCUGAUGGGUCUUUACCACAGUGGCCAGUGCUGUAUUUUAAAGUUCUCUCACUGGAUUUCUGGCAGCGCUUCAGAACUGAGGGCUAUGGCUAUGUGGUCAUCCCUUCGACAACAGGGUGUCACAGAAUGACCUGCCACACAUGGAGAGCAGUCCAGCGUGGCUCAGUGGCAGAACUGAGACGUUUCUUUAUUGGUGGAGCUCCUGAACUCGAGGACAUCAGUUACGUCAGAAUACCUGGCACUUUUAAGGGAGAGAGAUUGAGUCGCUUUGGCUUUCGCACUCAGACCACUGGAAGUGUGACCUUUACUCUUAAUUGUAUCCAGCACGCCAGGGCUUUUAUUGAUGCCAGCACACUGAAGAAAAGAAGACAGACUGUUCUGGAUCAGUUGGGCGGCCACAGUCAGCAGGGCUCUGUCAAUAAUGUUUUGGAAGCGUUUCAGAGAGCCCGUAAGCGCAUGCAAGAGGCAAGAGAGACUUUACCCAGAGACCUCAUCAACACUUCUGCACAAUUAAACUCAGAGUCUUCUGCUUAGGAACAUCAGAACUGAUAAAAUACAUGUAAUAAUGCUGGUCACGGUAUUUGUUUAUAUGUACUGUGUAAUACAUUUUUGUAUAUAU